ACACACCGACGCGAAACACACACGACGCGGGGCACAGCGAGCGCACAGUUCUGCACGAAAAUUUCAGACCGUGUAGGCGGCGGCGGCGGCGGGCCGGACCUAGGGCGACGAGUCGACGACGGCGGUGGCUGCGGCGACCCAGAGAGGAAUUUCAUUCGGCUGUUAAAUCGGGGGCAAGGGGUUGAGCAGGGCGCCGCUGGGGAAGGAAGGGCGCCGAGGGGCCGCCUGGCCUGGCCUGACCGUCCCACGCGAGGAAGCCAGCGCCGGCAGCUCCGCGCGAGGAAGACGACGCCGGCCUUAUAGGCGGAGCGCCCGUCUCGCCGGCGACGACCGCCACCAUGGCAUUGGCGGGCCUGGAGCUGCGGUUCCCCAGGGCGCUCGACCCCCGCCCGAGCUGGACGCUCGGCGACGUCCUCACCGACGCACUCGACGCCACCCGCAGCUCGGUGCCGCCCAUGCCCCUCAAGCAGCCGCCUGAGUGGGCUAGCACUGGCAACAUGGGGGAGAAGGCCUUUGUGAUGCGGGUUGAGGAGGAAGACCACUCGGAAGAGGAAGACAAUACCAGUGAUGACGAUGCUGGGGCUCUUGUGACCACAGGGGCGAGGUUCUCAUGUAACGAUCUCGAAUCCGGAUUUGAAGAUUCUGGAGAUGAAAUAAAUUGCAGCAGUACACCAUAUCACCUGAUGGAGAAAAGGAGCCUAGAGAAGAGCAUUCUGCUUGAGCUGGAACUUGAGCAUCAUCUGAAAAUUCAAUUAGAAGGAAGCUAUCUUCAUUGGAGGUAUGCCAUCAAAAUGAAAUCCAGAGAACAAUUUCUGCAUUUGCCCGACUUCAGAAAUAUGCAGAAUCACGAAAUGUUGCACAAUUUCGUAAAACUUUUAGCCUAUAACACUGUUUUGUUAUACUCAGUAUCAUGUUACCUUAUUGCUUCUUGUAGUGCAGAAGUACUUGAUAAACACUUGUCUUUGGUACAAAGGGAUCAUGAACAGAAAUCCCAGAUUGUGGAACGUAGAAUAAGAGAUGAUGCAGCUGUUGGAGAAGCUAAAAAAAGGGAUCAAUCUAUGAAGGAAGAAAAAGUAAAUCAGGAAAGGACUAGAAAAGAAGCAGAGAACAGUGUUUUGCAUGCAACAACGGUGAACAGCAUUGGAGUCAAAUCAGAAUUACCAGGAAUCAAAGUUUUUGCUGAUAGUAUCGCAUUAGAAGCGGAAUCGCGGAGGCGCGCAUUACAUGAUCAAGUGCCUUCAAAUAUUUACCUAAGCAAGGAGUAUAGCCAAUAUGGCCGACAAAUUGGGAAGUCAAUUGGUAAACUUACACCAACUACUGACAGUGUCAAAACCAGGGCUAGUGAGCUUAUUGAAGCUUUAGAUGGACAAGAUUGUCCACGUCCAAUUGCUUGUCGUUUAUUUGCAGACAAGAUGAUUUCAAUAGUCAAGAGUCGAAAUACAAAGGACAAAACCUUUGGACCGUUAGCCUUUGCUUGUGGCUAUGUAAUGCUACUAGUCACUAAUCAGGUACCAGAUGCAAUGGAUUAUCUUCUAGCCGAGUUCCACAAAGUUUGCAUGUACACAGUUCCAAAGCAUCUGCAUGCUUUAAAUGCACAAGCACGAAACUCGGAUUACUACAGGCUUAUUGGCUACCAGGAAGAAGAUGAAAAACCUCAGAGCACUGAGUCGUAUUUGGUAAAUGUUGUUGCAUACGUCAAACUGUAUGCUGCCAUGAUUCAGACAGAAAUCAAGGGUGUGCCGCAUCCACAUGGCUUAGCCGAGGGAUGGAAAUGGCUGGCAGUGUUCCUCAAUACUCUCCCAGCCAUUACAGCCAGUGCUUUUGCCCUUCAUGCUUUCCUCAAGAUAGAAACCUGCAUCAUCAUCAGGAGUCUUUGUCCUUUGUGUCUGACUAUCUGUGUAGCUAACCAGGACUAUUCUUUCUAG